AUGGCAGGCAGUGAAGCGAGUGGUUGGUCUGCGUACGUUAAGAAUAUUCUGACACACGCACCUUGUGUGAAACGGGCAGCGAUCGUUGGAGCGACAGAUGGUGCGAUUUGGGCGUGUACAGACGGAAAAACGGGAGACGUGUUUCAGGCUACCGCCGAGGAAUUGAAAAACUUCGUAGCGCUGUUUGAUCAUGUCGAAGAUGUUCCUCAACAUGGUUUCCACUUGGAGGGAAAAAAGUACAUCGUGCCACAGGUAGCAGAAAAUCUUAUUUUUGGCAAGAAGGACAAAGCAGGUGUUUUCGCAGUGAAGACGAAAUUAGCCGUUUUGAUCGCGUGCUUCGACGGGGAUUCCAUGGAAAGUGUCACAUGCCGGAAAGCAGUUGAUGAACUAGGGGCAUAUUUAUGCAAACAGGGCUACUAA